UACUAAAUUAAUAUAUGUCAUAAAAUAAUUAAUAAAAUUUAAGUCCAAAUGUUUAUAUAAAAUGACUUUGGGCCACAACAAUUAAAAGUCUAACCAAUAAAGAAUUAUACAAGUGUGGGCCUUACAACUAAUUGAGCCCAACACCAUUUAAUUAAUUUAGAAGCUCAAAUCUCUCCAAACAAAUGGGAGCAAGCCAAGAAACUCUCCUUCUUCUUCCUCCUUCCUUCAUGGACGACGGUUCUUCACCAAGAGACCCUCCAAUUUCCACUCCUUCACCUUCCAUCUUCCACCAUCAAUUCUCCCACCCAAGAGUCACACAAAUUAUUACUUUAGCCUUCAAUCUCUUCCUCACAUUACACUACACCAAAGAAAAAAAAAGAGAGAGUGAGAGAGAGACGAAGAGAGAGCCGAGAGAGAGCAAGAGGAGGAAAUUCCCACCAUUCUUGUCCAUCCACCACCAAGUCCAACCAUUCUUGAGGAUCACUUAUGAAAUAAUGGCUCCAUUCAUUACAUGUGUUAACAAUCUCAUCAAGGCAAUCACCAAUUCAACAAUCAAAGUGAGGUGUGUUCGGGCUUAUCAAGGUUUCCCUGAAGAUAAGGAUGAUAAAAGCUUAGAAUGUGUGUUUCAUGACUCCAAGGGUACUAGAAUUCAAGCUACAUUUCCAAAUAAUUUGGUCCAGAACUUUGGAAAUAUACUGAGGGAAGGAGGGAUUUUUUGUAUUAAAAAUUUCUUUGUCAGACCUAAUACACUCAGAAACAAGGCAUCAAAUCACCAGUUUAGAUUGCUAAUGAAUGUCAAGACAGAGAUGGUUGAGGUUAAUGAUCAUAGGUUCUUGAGAGAAAUGUUUGACUUCAAGUCUUUUUCUGAAGUUUCACAAUAUGAAAAUGUGGAUGAUUCAUCCUUCUUUGAUGUCAUUGGUGUGAUAACUGGACCUGGUAGAGUUAUCUCUCAAUCUAAGUAUAGAUUGAUUGAGAUUGAGAUUUCUGAUGAGAACCAUAACAAACUAUUUUGUACAAUAUGGGAAUCAAAUGUGGACUUAUAUCUGGAUCAACUGAAAAAGAUUGAAGGAACAAUUCCAAUUGUGAUUAUUCAGUUUUGCAAGCGCAAUCUAUUUAGAGGUGAAAUUCGCAUUUCUACACAUUUUCAAGCUUCUAAAGUUGUGAUAAAUGCUGAUGUUAAAGAGGUUAAAGAUUUUAGGAUGAGAAUAAGGGAGGAUAGCAGAUUUGUUCAGCAAGUUUCUGUCAUUCAAGGAGGACAAAGGGUUGGGGGUGAAUAUGAUGAUCUACAAUUGAAGUCCCUUGAGGAUUUAUCUUGCCUAGAGGAAGGUUCAUGUUGGGUAUUUGGUAAAAUAGAUUCAGUUGAGUGCCACUAUGGUGAAUGGUAUUUUUUGGCUUGUAAGACUUGUGUUAAGAAGGUCAGAGAGGUGGAUAAUAAGUUUAAUUGUUCUGGAUGUACCAAAACUCAUACUUAUGCUGUUAAAAGGUUCAAGUUUGUGGUGAAUGUUGUUGAUCAUACUAGCAAUGCAUCUUUGUUAUUGUGGGAUAGGGAAGGCAGCCAAUUGUUAGGGAGAAAUGUGACUGAUUUUUUAGGAAAUGGUGGUCAGGUUGCUCCUAAGAAUUCCAUUCCUUCACUUAUUGAAGAGAUUCUUGUGGGUCAGAAGAAGUUACCCUUUUACUGUCAACAAAGUAUGUAA